UUUAAUACAUGCUAUGUACAUGACAUUAACUCAUGGGAACUUUAUUCGAAUCUCUUUCUAUUUUAUUUAAAUACAAUAGACGUCAAAGAACUCAUGAAAGGCAACCGGAUAUGCUAUGCGAUAUAUGAAUAUGGCGGCGUCCUAGCAGAAAUUUCUUCUUAAUAUCACAGAGAGAGAGACUUAAAUGUAAACUGCUAAACAUCAGUCGCUCCCUCCUAACCAUCCACCAGUCUUAUUUUAAUAAGAUAUGGCUGAGAGGAGAGAAAGAGACCUAUCCAGCAACAGACUUCGACAAAAGGCGUUAGGGCAGACUUCGAAUAAUUAUAAAGAUGAUGAAACAGUAAGUCUGCUUCAUUAUAUUUUUCGCUGAAGAGGACAAUGAGUUGGAAGAAGUAGGUGGUGCAUUAGGAAAUGGAAAAAUAUCAAGAAAAAAUCUUGACUUACUUAAUUUGGCUUCUUUUCUGGAUGCCAAAAUGGAAGAACAUGUUUCAUCAAAUAUUUCUUCAAGAUCAUCCAAUGAAGAAGACUCUGGCAGGAUAGGCCCACCUGAUGUCAUUUUAGAUAUUCUGUCAAAUGUUGGAACAUUAAUUGUGGAGCCUGAUAGACUUGGGGUUGCCAGUCACUCCAACUUCAGCACAGUGCGGGCAAACUGCUGUGUUUAUAGAGGAAAAUGGAUUUAUGAAAUAAUGCUGGGUUCCAAAGGUGUCAUGCAGCUUGGCUGGUGCACACUCAACUGUCGCUUCUCUCAAGAAGAGGGAGUUGGUGAUACCCCAGACUCUUAUGCCUAUGAUGGCACUAGACUACGGAAGUGGAAUGUCAAAACCUUUAAGUAUGGAGAGGCAUGGUUAUCAGGAGAUGUCAUUAGUUGUGCCAUAGACUUGGACAAUGGUACAGUUGAAUUUUUCAGAAAUGGGCAUUCCAUGGGUAUUGCAUUCAGUAAUGUGAAGACAGGUCCUGGCUAUGCAUAUUUUCCAGCUGCCAGUCUGUCAAUGGGUGAGAACAUCCAUGUCAACUUUGGAGCUACACCCUUGAGAUUUCCUGUCCCUGGUUAUAAACCACUCCAGGAACCACGUUGGGGGGAAAUUAGACAAGCACAAGCUUUGUUACGUUACCUGGAAAGGCUUGUCUCCAUAUUACUGGAUGAUGACAAGGUUGCUGGCUUUGAUGCUAGGAUCGCAAAAGCUGACAUCACCCAACUUCCAUUGGCAGAGCAGCGUACAAGAAUAAGCACUGCUUUUCUUAUAGCUGCACAUGUCUUUGAUAAGCUUGGACCACUUCUUAAAAACCUUUAUAUAGUGGAAGCCUGUCUGUUGCCUACCCUGCUGCAGCUCUCAGGUGGAGGAGUGUGGCAUCAGUCAAAACCAGCCUUGCUAAAAAUGCUGGAUCUCUUCUGGGCUUUGUUGCAGGAUUUUGAGGUACGGCAGUGUAUGGAAAGCCUGGCUGCAGUACUGUUGGCUUCUUACCGCUACACUCCUGUUCUUCCAGAUUUUAAAAAUGCAAAGAAAUUUUUGGCAUUGACAGUUUGCAUUCUACGCCAUCAGAGGACUCGACGCUACCUUCUCAGCUCAGUACUAUUUGACAAGCUCAAAUUUCCGGUAUUUAUGCACAUCAAGCCACCAGAUGAUUCUGGGUUACAAGACCUGAUACCUGAGGUAUGGUGGCCCACUUCUGUCAAGGAUGACACUGAAAACAUGCUUCCAGAUUCAACAGAGAGCUUAGAGAGGAAGAGAAAAUACAUAUCUUCAUGUGAAAAGCUUAGAUGUACAGUUGAAGAAUUAGAAAAGAUGCAGGUUGAGAUGCUGAAACUGCUUUUGUUGCACAAUGAUGUUAUGGAGGGUAAAACUAGCCGUGAUUGCUUCCUAGAAAAAUUUCAUAUUCUGCUCAAAGAGAGUAGCGGAAUCACUUGGGUUUUCCACUCUCAUACCUGCCCCUUGCCUGUGUUGCUUUGUUUUUUUCACCGACUCCUGCAAGCUGUGCGUUUUUACUGGGAUAUGUUCCAGUCUGAAGACCCUGAGCGGUUUACAUUUAGUGGUGAUGCCUUUGUGCCAAUCCAUAUGUUUUGGUCAGACAACCGUGAUGCUGGCGAGUUUCAGAGAUGUGGUGGUUUGAUGUCACAUUUGAAUAGAACUCUUGGAACUGAGGUGAACAGAGCUCAAGGUUUUGAAGUGAGAGAUGAUGGCAAGGUGGUGAAAAUGGAGCGAAAAUCAGCAAGAGAUGCAGUAGGUAACGAGGACUACCCAGCACGAGAGAUGCCUAGUGGCAACUCAAUCAUGGAACUGUUGGAUGGACUGGUCCUCCUUUAUCAUGCUGCAGCUCAUAAGCAGCUUGCCAAGAUGUGGUCUCUCCAGGAUACAAUGCAGGACUUUGUAUUGGCAUUGCAAGAUACAAAGGAAAAACUCAGAAAGUGUCCAAAAGAGCUGAUUGCAGUGAGAGAAGAUCUAGAGAGAGCAUGUCAAGUUUUCACAGAGAAAGUAACAGAGCUGAGCCGACAUAUGGGCUGGGUCAUCUCAGUUGUAUACUCACAGUCUAAGCAACGUGAUGUAGAGUGGUUACUACGGGUAGUGUUAAGAACACUGGAAAGAGCAUCAUGUUACCGGCAACUGUUCCAGUAUGUGCCUGAGUACUAUAUAGAGAGCUGCUUCAGUGCUUUCAAUGCCUUACGCAGCUUCUUCCAUCCCACACAACCAUUCACAGAACUGCCCAAUGUGGAGCAUUUACUUCAGCAGUAUGCAACUUUCUUAGUAGACCACUUCGGUGACACCAGAAUAGUCAGCAAUGAUCUGCGAGACAAGCUUGUGCAGGCUUUGGCAUGCUUUACAUGUUUUCGAGAUACACUUACUGUCUUGGAGACAUUACCCAUGAACAAGCGACUCUCAAUGGUGCAGACAUUGUUGGCUCCAUAUGAAAACAGAUCCUGGGCUCACACAAAUUGGAUCCUGGUUCGCAUUUGGAAGGGUUGUGGGUUUGCAAAUAGAUACCGCUAUUUGCCUAAUCUGAUCCCAUCCAAAGUACAGCCAACAGAUUUUUCUUUUGUCAGUUUACAAGAGCCAUGUCCUUCAAGAGUGUUUCAGAGUUUGCUAGCCAAGACACUAUUAGACAAUGAGACCUUAUCAACUGCUUUUUUGGACAGCCUCAUGAAUCAGCUGAACUGGUCCUUCUCAGAGUUUGUUGGCAUGAUGCAGGAGAUCCAGCAAAUGUCAUCAAGGUCAGACAAUCUGCUUCUGGAGGGGCGCCAAGUAAAGAUUUGCGCAGCCUGCUUUGAGAUCUCUGCAUGUCUCCUACGAGUCCUGGAAAUGGUUGCUACUGUAGCACCACAAUUGUUUACUGACUGGUCACGCCCUUCAGCUGAACUUUUUCUUAAACGCAUCAUGCAGCUGUUGAGUCAGAUUGUAAUGAGAGUGACCAUGCCGGAUGGAGCAUUUGAAACUUUGGUGUCACUACCUAUUCCUGGACUGGAUUGUGUCACUUACUUUCCAAUACUGACAGUAACAGUGGGCAUAUUAGUUCAGCUGAUAGUUCGCUGUGGUGGAAGUAGCCAGGAGAAAGCUGUUAGAGCCUUACUGACUGACACAGGCUUUCAGCCUUCUGCGUUGGACUUUGUUUUGGGAAAUGCAUCUUCCCAACAGAAGAGUGACAAGAAAUUCUCAUUCAGAAAUUAUGCAGAGGUGAAUACUGAGGAAAUACAAGAUGUUGAACUUUUGAUCUCUCACCUUUCAAAUCAGCAAAAGCUGCUUAGUGCUCAGACACAGGAAACAGAUGAAGAGAACCUGUGCACAAUCUGCUAUGCUAACCCACAAACAGCCAUUUUUGUACCUUGCCAUCAUAGAUCCUGCAGAACCUGCAUCACCCAGCAGCUGCUAAGCAAGCGUGAAUGUUUCUUCUGCAAGGCAACUAUUGUUGCUGUGCAAGAUGCCAAAGGUAGACCGCUCUUGAGAGAGCACUUUACCUCCACUAGUCCACGCAAGUAAACAGUAUUAAUGUGCACCUAGACAUGUGUAAACUGUGUUUGGGUUGGAGGCUCAAGAUUUAGAUUUAGACAAAAGCCUCAUGAACAAUGGUGCCUUAAUAGAUUACAGAAUUUGUAGAAAUGCUCAAGGCUGAUCAAUGUUUAACACAGUGCACUCCAUUUAAUAGGAUGUCAGCGUCUGUGUUUUGAAAUAAAACCAUUUCUGUGACUGUUGGCUUUAAUUGCAUGAAUUACCAAAAAGAAUCUCACUAGUUUUGGAUGCCCCAGACACCUUAUCCAUCAGAAAUUAUGCAGUUUAUUACAUUAUUUCAGUUCACCUUACCUCUUGACAAUACAGGUACAGUGGUACAGGUAUAUAAAUCAUAUAAGGUCACAUGACUGUACAAUUGCAACACUGUAUAAAGUGUAGUUUAGUGAAGAUUCUGUAGCUUUUCAUCGAAGCAUGACUUUGUCAAAUAAGCCUUAGGUGUUGUCCUAGGCUAAAAUUUGUUAACGUCCAGAAGAACAGCAGCAAUUCUGGAAAGAACAACAGCAAUUAAGAUAUAUAUAGUAAGUGUAUAAAUGUAUGUGCACACUCUUUAGUUUCAAUUCAGCAAACUUUGUCGACAUGAUCUGACUCAAGCACAUAUUAGUUUCAUUCUGGAGGGCUUGAUUUUAACUGGAGUGCACUAUAUAUAUAUACACACCCAGUGUCUAUGGACACCAUGUAUGCCAAGAUCACCUGUUUAUAAUAUUUUGAAACAGGAUACAAACUUACUUUUGUCUGUGUGUAUUUCUUUUCACCUCGGUGGCACAGAUGAUACCUCAAUAAAGAAAUGGAAUUAUA